AUGGGGCUGCUGUCGCGGCCGGAGGAGGUGCCGGCGCUGCUCAGGCUCAAGCUGGCAGCGGGGCGGAUCAGGCGCCAGAUCCCGCCCCAAGAGCACUGGGCCUUCGCCUACCACAUGCUCCAGCGCGUCUCCCGCAGCUUCGCGCUCGUCGUCCAGCAGCUCGGAACAGACCUCCGCAAUGCCGUCUGCAUCUUCUACCUCGUGCUCCGGGCCCUGGACAUCGUCGAGGACGACACCGCCAUCCCUAACAAGGUCAAGCUGCCCAUCCUUCGGGACUUCUACCGCCACAUCUACAACCUGGACUGGCUCUUUUCAUGUGGAGAAAACUACUACAGAGUGCUCAUGGAUAAUUUUAGGCAGGUCUCCAUGGCUUUUUUGGAGCUAGGCGAAAGAGGUCUCGUGAAGGAGCACAAUGACUCCUUCAACUACUUCAUCACUAAAGGAAUGGAGAACAUCGUCAAGGCAAAAGCUGCAAUGAUGGAGAUCACACGCUCCUUCGACCAGCCACGGCCAGCCUCCGUCUUCGGCCCCUUCAGCCUUGCCCCCGACCUUGCCCACUGCUCCUUCGACCACACGCUCCGCUGCGAGGCCUUCGAGUACAAGAGGCUGUUGCUUGACUAUAACAGCGAACACGACCAACAAGUUCCGCCAGCGCGAGGAUGGGACACAAUGCCGAGGAAGCGCAAAGGAGAUGGUGAUGGAAUUGAUGAGGUUCCUUCGAAAAAGCCAAAGCGCCCUCCUCCUCGGAAUAGAGCCUCACCUAGUUCGCUUCUUGUUGCAUGCAAAGACAUGAAUGAUGAGAGGAAGGUAGCCAUUUAUGAGAUGGACUUCACAAGUCUUCGAAAUAUCAAGUGCGACCAUCUCUUCAACGGUCUCAGUGUGUGGCUUGCCGACAUGUACAAUCCUCAUUCUCGUGAGGUGUCGUACCAGGGCAGGGUAGGCUUCCGGUUAAUGAGGAAUAUGUGCAUCGUGUUAUGGUCGUGCCACGUGGAGGGAAUGAUGUUCCUUACAACCUUCCUACCGAAGCUGAUAUUGAGUUAG